AAUUUUUACAGUCAUAAAAAAAAAAUCCAAAUAAGGUGAGGUGGCACCAUCCCCUUUGGGUGGAGAGUACCUCUCCCUCCUCUUCAAUUCCUCUCCUCAAAUUCCCUCUGUCUUUUACAAAUCUCACCAUUCACUCCUCCAUUUCCUUUCCAAAAUCACUCCAACAUUCUGUUUUUUUUUUUCUUUUCUUUUUUCACAAUGUCAGAUAGAGUCUUUCCCUCCUCCAAGCCCAACGCCACUGCUGCUCCACCUGCCGCCAACGGUGGCACUGGUGGAGCCGCUGCGACUACAACCGCUACAACUAACGGUGGCACCACAAAGUCCCACCUUUAUAACCCCACUUCUCGUCCACCAUACCGUCCACAACCCCAUCACCGUCGUCACCACCACCGUCCACAGCGGAACUACUGUUGCUGCUGUUGUUUCUGGACCAUCCUCACAAUUCUCAUCGUUGCCCUUUUGGUAGCCAUAACUGGCACCGUCCUUUACGUCCUUUAUCGGCCUCACCGCCCUUCUUUUACCCUUGCUUCCCUCCGUAUCCACCGCUUAAACCUAACAACCACCGCGGACUCCUCCUCCCAUCUCUCAACUCUUUUCAACUUAACCCUUUCUUCCAAAAACCCAAACUCCCAUCUUUCCUUCUCUUACGACCCUUUUGUUGUUUCAUGCGUAUCCAGCAACAGCAAUGUUUUUAUAGGCAACGGAACAUUGCCAGCUUUCGUCAGUAACAGCAAAAAUGAGACAACUUUCAGGGGAGUUGUGGUAACGACAUCAGUUGAUCUAGAUGUGGAGACAGUCAACAACUUAAGACCGGAUCUGAAGAAGAAAAAUGGUAUCUUGUUAAAAGUUCAGAUGGAUACUAGAGUGACAGUGAAGACGGGUGGAUUGAAGAGCAAGAAAGUCGGGAUUAGGGUUACGUGUGAUGGGAUUAAAGGGGUUUUACCAAAAGGCAAGUCACCGUCUGUGGCUAAUGUUUCUGGGACGAAGUGUAAGGUUGAUCUCCGGAUCAAGAUCUGGAAAUGGACUUUCUGAGAACGGGCUCUUUCUUAAAUCCCAAUUGUUCAAUUUACUUGUUUUUUUUUCCUUCAUUUUUUCGAUGCUUUUGAUUUUUUAAAAAAACUUUUGGGGUUUUCUGAAGAAAUGGCCAAAAGAAUGUCAUGAAACAAAUCAAGAAUCAGUUAUGGGAUGAGAAAUUGAGGGAAAAAAAAUUGAUGGAUUUAUAGUUAGUAGAUUUAGGAAGAAGAGGCUGAACUCAUGAAGAACAAGAUGUUGAAAUUAGUAUUUUUUUUUUCUUUUUUUUCUUCUUAGACAACUUUUAUAUGGUACUGGUAUUGUAAGUGAUGUUGGAUUUUCAUUUUUAUUUCAUGAAUGCAAUGGUAUAAUAGCUUGAGAGAAUUAAUAUCAAUUACAUAUGAAAUUUAAGUUCCAACGUUAUUGUAAUUUUAGUCUAGUCAUCUUGUUCCGAUUACCGCUUUUAGUUUUGCCCUGUUUUU